AUAUCCUUCUUUUGUGCUUUCAUUUUCACUCCUAUACUCUUUCAUUCUUAUUUUUAAGCCAGUGAAGGAAAAUGAGUUACUACCAGCAACAACCGCCUGUGGUGGCUCCUCCUCCUCCUCAAGGUUAUCCUCCUGAGGGAUACCCGGCAAAGGAUGCUUUUGCUGCACCACCACCGCCGGGGUAUGCGCAAGGCUAUCCUCCUCAACCAGGGUAUCCUCUACCCCAACCUCAGCCUCAAGUUGUUUACACUCAGGCGGCGCCACCACAGAAAGAGGUUGGCUGCUUGGAGGGAUGUUUGGCCGGUGUCAUCUGCUGUUGCUGUCUGGAAUAUUGCUGUAUCUAAACAAAGAAUGCAUGCUUUAUUUGAUCAGAUAAAAGGCUGAGAUUUGUAGUAGUUUUGUUGACUCACAGACAAUUACAUAAUAGGAAUUAUGCUGAAAAUUAAUAUCGUGCGGAUCGAUGUCCUUGAUAGCAACUUGGGGUUUUCAUGACGAUAUAUAUAUAAUGUUGGAUUAUUGCUUUAAUUAAUUGUUGUGGCAUGUUUUGCAUUGAAGCGGUUAAUGUCUCUUUAUAUGUUUCUAAUACUAAAUCAUCAGUGGGUUU